AAGAAGAAAUACAGGUUCCCACUCCAAUCUUAACUUGCAACAGGAAUUUCCGUCUUGUACACAUCAGCUGCAAGCCUGGCGCUGAGAAGUGAGAUAUAUAAAGCUGCUGAUGUGUGUAGGUAUCAGAUGAGAACCUUUCAGGAGCUCAAAAGGACUGCCUACCUGUGAAUCCUUAAAUAUCCUGGAAUAUGGUGGAAGCAAUACUGAUAGAUCUCUUCAGCCUCCCAGCCAACUUGCAGAACAACAUCCAAGGAGUACUAUAUAACACACUGGAGUCUCUUGAGAAAUGCUCUUCCAUCCCUGCUCCAUUUGUUUAUGUCAUGUGUUGCCAUAGGGAGGGGAGUGAACAGAAAGGUGAACAAGAGUCCUUGCUUCCAGCUCUGAGAAAGUUUCAGAGCCUGAAAAGAAGACUGGAAGUGGUACAUGCUCUGAGUACAGCUGCUGCUUUGUAUACCAUCAAACAAAGACUGGAUGAAAAAGACUUAAGCAUUAUUAAAGUGAUCCUUUCAUCCUUAAGGAAAGACAUAAUGAAGGUCUACAUAGCCCAUCUCUUUACAGCAGUCUACCAGUUUGAAUUUGAGGAUUUGCAGGUGGCAUCUGAUUGUGAAAACCUACAGAGAGCUGACCCUCAGAGUGAAGGGCAAAUGCAGGAUGUGGCCCUCAUCCAAAGUGAGAUUCAGCUGUACUUGGAAAGCCUGCCAAGCCUGAAUGGGGAGCUCACCAUUCUCAGAUCUUCUCUGAUCCCAGAUGAUAUCUUCCUGCAUGGGUUCACCACAAGGACAGGUGGCAUCUCCUACAUACCAACCCUAAGCUCCUGCAACCUCUUCAGCAGUUCCAAGCGGAGGGACCCACAAGUUGUUGUUAAAGAAAACCUCCGCCGGCUGGCUCAUGCUGCAGGAUUUAACCCAGAGACUUUUCACAGAGUCAAGAUUGAUCAUGCUAAUGCUGUGUGUGUUAUGGGGAAGACAGAGCCUGACAGCUAUGAUGGAAUAGUUACGAACCAGAAAGGUGUUACAAUAGCAGCUCCAGGAGCUGAUUGCAUACCUGUGCUCUUUGCUGAUCCUGUCAGAAAAGCCUGUGGUGCUGCUCAUUCUGGGUGGAAAGGCACAUUGCUAGGAGUUUCAAUGGCCACAGUAAAUGCCAUGGUAUCUGCAUAUGGCUGUAACCUGAAAGAUAUCCUUGUGGUGCUGGGCCCCUCUGUAGGACCUUGCUGCUACAGACUUCCUCAUGAAUCAGCAAAAGAAUUUCACAGAAUUGAUCCAACGUGUGUGAGACUCUUUGACUCUGCAGAUCCAUAUAUUGAUAUUAGGAGAGCAACAAGGAUUCUUCUGGAGAGUGGUGGGAUUCUUCCUGAGAACAUCCAAGAUGAUUCUGUCACAGACCAGAACCAGAAUGUCACUUUCUGCACUGCAUGUCACCCUGAGAAAUUUUACUCUCACUUCCGUGAUGGCACCAACUUUGGGACACAGAUUGGCUUCAUAUCCAUCAAAGACUGAGGUAUUAUCUCUUACUCUCCACUGGUAUUUAGACAAAUCUUGGGCACUGUGUGAUGUCCUGCUCUCCUCAUAGGUGUUCUCCCUCCUUCCUUUCACAGACUUGCGAUAGGGAAUUCACUGGUCUUGAGAUUGUCUUGCUUCUUGCCUUCCCUGCCUUUUGGAGGCAAGAAUCAAUGUCUGGAGUGUGCAGCCAAUAAUUCUUGUGUGAGACAGGGUGCAAAGGCAGCAAGCACAACCCACAUCAGUGACAAAGCUCUUCUGUGAAAUUAGAUGCAAGCUCUUACCUUCUGGAACCUUCUUGA